AUGGAUAGUAGGGCUGCCCCGGAGAUUCCAGGUAUCAGGCUUCCGGCCAAUGUGAUGCAAGACAUCCGCAUGCUGGUGUGCAAGCUGCUGAACAGUCCUAAACCAACCAAGACAUUUCCUGGUGCACAGCCAGUGAGUUUCCACCAUUCUGAUAUAGAGGAAAAACUGCUGGCGCAGGAUUACUACGUUUGCGAAAAAACAGAUGGUCUAAGAGGUCUGAUGCUAGUGAUAAUAAACCCAGUAACCAAAGAGCAGGGUUGCUUCAUUAUCGACCGUGAAAAUAACUAUUUCCAAGUGUCGGGUUUCCGGUUUCCACGUUUGCCUAAACAGUCUCGCAAAGAGCUUCUCGAGACGUUCCAGGAUGGUACGCUGAUCGACGGAGAACUAGUGCUGCAGACCAACCCUGUGACUAAACUAAAGGAGCUGCGAUACCUCAUGUUCGAUUGUCUGGCCAUCAAUGGCCGCUGUAUAGCUCAGUCGCCAACCAGCUCGCGACUGGCACAUUUGGGCAAAGAAUUCUUCAAGCCUUACUACGAUCUGCGCUCAUUGUUCCCUGCACAGUGUGCCACUUUUCCUUUCAAAAUCUCCAUGAAAGUUAUGAAUUUCAGCACUGACCUUGUCAAGGUCGCCAAAUCGCUCGAUAAACUUCCACACGUCUCUGACGGUCUCAUUUUCACACCUGUCAACGCACCUUACAACAUAGGCGGGAAGGAUUCGCUAUUGCUGAAAUGGAAGCCCGAAGAAGAGAACUCUGUUGAUUUCAAAAUGCUUCUUGAGAUUCCGAUGGCCGAGGAUGCUUCAUUGCCCAAAAAUGAUCCCAAUCGGUUUUACCACAAUUACGAUGUCAAACCGUCAUUUCAUCUAUACACAUGGCAGGGAGGAGCAGACGUCAACGCAAGGCUAGAAAACUUUGAUCAACCGUUUUCUAAGAAGGAACUUGAUCUCCUUGACCGAACGUAUAAGAAGUUCGCAGAGUUGGAGAUCAGUAAUGAAAAGUGGCAAGAGUUAAAGGCGUUCGACGAACCUCUAAACGGUAGGAUCGUAGAAUGCACGAAGGACCAAGAAACCGGCGUUUGGCAUAUGUUGCGUUUCAGAGAUGAUAAACUGAACGGCAAUCACGUCUCUGUCGUCAAGAAGGUUUUGGAAAGUAUUAGCGACUCGGUUAAAAUAGAGGAUCUGGAAGAAGCCACCAAACAAAUGCGGGAGAAUUGGCAGUUGCGACAUUCAGACCGAAAGCGCGGCUAUCAAGAAGCUAACUGUCCGCCCCCGCCAGCGGAGGCGGAACCUCAAGCUGUCAAUGGCGAUCAGGGCUUCAACCAACCCAACUAUGUUGAUGAUGACGACGAUGAUGACAUGCUGUGGUCUGGGAAUGAUGAGGACUCCGAGCCUGAGACAAAGAAACCAAAGCUGUGA